AUGUUCAGUCACAAGCUGGUAGUGGUGGAAGCCGACGGCAACUACGUGCAGCCUUUCACCGUCGACAACCUCUACAUUUACUCCGGCGAGAGCUACUCUGUCCUCCUCACCACCGACCAAAACCCGACCCAAAACUAUUGGGCCUCAAUCAACGUAGUUGGGCGUGAGCCCAAAACUCCCCCGGGCCUAACCAUCCUCAAUUACCUCCCACACUCGGCCCAAAACCUCCCCACCACGCGCCCGCCGGUCCCACCCAUGUGGAACGACUACCAAUCCGCCAAAUCCUUCGCCCACAAGAUCCUCGCGCUGAGGGGCUCACCUGCACCGCCACGCAGGCACCACAGGAGAAUAUACCUCCUGAACACGCAGAACAUGGUGGACGGGUACACCAAGUGGGCCAUCAACAACGUGUCCCUUGUCCUCCCGCCUACUCCCUACUUGGGCUCGAUCCGUUACGGCCUGAAGCAGGCCUUCGACCAGAAGACGCCGCCCAACGGGUUCAGCCCAAGGUACGACGUGAUGAGGCCCGGGCCCAACCCGAAUGCAACUAUCGGCAACGGGGUGUACACGCUGGCGUUCAACACGACGGUGGACGUGGUCCUGCAGAACGCCAACGCGCUCAAGGAGGGCGUGAGCGAGGCGCACCCGUGGCACCUGCACGGCCACGAUUUCUGGGUGGUGGGCUACGGUGAGGGGAGGUUCGGGGAUGGAGAUGAGGAAGGGUUUAACUUGAGGGACCCGCCGUUGAGGAACACGGCGGUGAUUUUCCCGUACGGGUGGACGGCGCUGAGGUUCGUGGCGGAUAAUCCGGGGGUUUGGGCUUUCCACUGCCACAUAGAGCCGCAUCUUCACAUGGGGAUGGGCGUGGUGCUCGCGGAAGGCGUGCGCCGUGUGCCCAGGAUACCCAAGGCUGCGCUCGCCUGUGGGCUCACCGCUAAGAUGUUCAUGGGCCGCCAUUGA